UGAGUGAUGUCUGUAUUUAACGGGAGCUAUGCCACCCCCUACUCCUUUUUCCUGCUGGGUAUCCCUGGUCUGGAAGCGUCCUACUACUGGCUCUCCAUCCCUCUUUCUUCAAUGUAUGUCAUCACAUUGCUAGGAAACUGCACCAUACUGUAUACAAUCAAAACAGAGCAGAGCCUCCACAAGCCCAUGUACAUCUUCCUCUGCAUGCUCGCUGGCAUAGACCUGGUGCUCUCCACCUCCACCCUGCCCAAGAUGCUCUGCAUCCUCUGGUUCCGAGCUGGGGAAAUAGAUUUUGGUGCCUGCAUGGUCCAGAUGUUCUUCAUCCACUCCUUCUCCAUCAUGGAGUCGACAGUGCUUGUAGCAAUGGCCUUUGACCGUUACAUAGCUAUUUGCAAUCCUCUGAGAUACGACUCCAUCCUAACCAACCCACUGCUGGCCAAGAUUGGAGCAGGGGUCAUCCUGAGAGGCACAGUCUUCAUCAUCCCAAUCAUCAUCUUGGCAGCCCGUCUUCCAUACUGCAAGACCAACGUCAUCCCCCACACUUACUGUGAGCACAUGGCUGUGGUGAAGCUGGCCUGCUCAAGCAUCCUUGCCAAUGUUGUCUAUGGGCUUCUGGUGGCUCUCCUCGUAGUGGGGGUGGAUUUGCUGUUCAUCACUUUGUCCUACUGCAUGAUCGCCAGGGCUGUCAUGGCUCUGCCGUCAAAAGACGCCCGCUAUAAGGCUUUCAGCACCUGUGCACCUCACGUGGUGGUGAUCCUGGUCUCCUACACCCCAGCUCUUUUCACCAUCUUAACACACAGGUUUGGCCAUCACGUUCAGCCUCACGUUCACAUCCUUCUGGCCAACUUCUACCUCCUUUUCCCGCCCAUGCUGAAUCCCAUUGUGUAUGGUGUGAAGACCAAGGAGAUCCGUGAACGAGUGACUCACAUAGUUCUCAGGAGGAAGCGACCUACAUAACAACACUCUCUCAAUAAGGGCUUGCAGUGUUGAAUGCAACAUGUAGAAAGCCGCAGACAGUAAAGAAAUAUUAAAAAGUAGUAAGGGUGUAAGCACUUUUUUUUAAUCCCAUGUUUUUUCAUCUUAACGGGUGGUAUUCAACUGACUCUUACUCAGAAUAGACCCAUCAAAAUUAAUGAAUAUGACUAAGUUAGGCCCAUUAAU